AUGCGCAACUUGCGGGUAACGUCAGCGCUUAUAUCGCAAGGAUCGAUAGAUGAAGACGUCGAAGGAUUUGCGGACGAUUUCUUUACUGGAGCUGCGUUUGUGGCGACACGCAGUAAACUUCUGUUUUACAAUAAGGAAUUAGAGCAAUGCGGCUCAUUAGACUGGGAAGAUGAAAGAAGCGGGAUGAAGUUGGUCGACUUGACGUUUAUGUCAGACACAAAUGAUGUGGUAGCCAUUUUUGACAAUGGGCUGGUUUAUACCGCUUCGGCGGAAACAAUGCAGCCUGUAGACGAGCCUGGUCUAUUGGGAUGCGAGGUCCAGGCGGCGUCCUGGAGCCCUGAUGGCGAUGCACUGGUCGUUGUCUCCGGGGAUAUGAUUUGCUUUUUCGAUCGAUUACUGACCGCUGUUUCUGAACGACCGCUCUACGGAGAAGACGUCGGUAAAGAUGAAUUGGUGACGGUCGGCUGGGGCAGCAAGGAAACUCAAUUCCAGGGUGCGGCAGGCAAGGUGGCCCGCGAAAAGCGCACCGUCAACCGGAAAGCUCUGCCCGAUGACUCUGGCCGGCCAUCAAUCUCAUGGCGAGCUGAUGCCCAACAUGCCACCAUCUCGUAUUUGGAUGUGCCCACUGAGGAGCGGCGCGUCGCUGUUUAUAGCCGGGAGGGCGAGCUGAUGAGUCGAUUGCGCAAUGAAUUCCCGCUGGAGGAAGGGGUGGCUGUGAAGCCUGUUGGGAAUUAUAUCGCCACCACGAAGCGACUGGACGACGACAUGAGGCGAAAAUCCACGAAGGCCAACGUGAGCCGUAGACAUUUCGCGUGGGAAUUUGAGGGCAAUAUACUGGCGGUGGAGGUGGAUGAUGGCGAAAAGUCUUACUUGGAACUGUGGACGGUUAGCAAUUAUGAAUGGUCCCAGAAGUUGCGAAUACCAUUUGAGAAAGGAUUGGCCGCUUGGCAUUGGUCGGCCGUGACGGCCAGACGGCUUUGGGCAAGCAGCGGAGGACGAGUAUACCGAUAUGACUUGAUUUUCGAAUACAACGUGUCCGGUGGACUUGCAGUCGUGGUGGCCACAGACACGCUGAAAGUCACCGAUUUCCUCGAAGGCUCCCUAUCACCCACCGCCGAUGAGCCACUUCACCGUUCCAAUACACCGCGGCAUCCAACUGCUCGUUUGCAAUUUCGGAUACAUGAGCGUUGUCUACGACGAUUUUUCGAUCGAAUCCUGGAGCGCGCAAAAUGGCCGCUUCGAAAGCCACUUCUGCACACCUGCUGCUGGAUUGGAAACGAAUCGAGCCGAGGCUCUUACGCUGGGAUUCACUCGGCUGACGGUGCAUUAUUGUUGGAGUUCCCACGAAAUAUCAUCGAGACGUCCAUCAACCCCAUCGACGGGCGCCCUAUCGUAAUGCUGGACGAUGGAUCAGUAAUUUCUCUCGAAAACGAGAAGCUCUACAAUCUCCCGGAAUGCCUGUCUUGCCGCAACGCUAGUUGUGGAGACAAGCUGAUCUCCUUAUCACCGGCCCAUAUCCUCUAUUCGGAUGGGAAGCUGCUGUUCCACGACAUUUCGUCUUUCGUCAUCAGGGGCAACCUGGUAUUUGGCAUUCACGAGCCA